CUCCAGCGCCAUUUUGGCUCAAGCCGCGUUGGCUCACGGCGCGGAGUCGGGCCAGCGCUCAAAGCCUGCUCGUUCCCGUCACCCUCCUCAGUCCUCCCCUCUCCCGCCUGGCCGCGCCAUGCUUGCCCGCAGGGGACCGCACCUGCCGCGCAUGCUCGCUUCGGAGAGCGACGCCGAGCUGGCAGAGCUCGCCACGUGCAGCACCGCCUGCGCGGCCCGGCCGCGGGCCGCCGUCGCAGCGCUGACCGCGGCCGCGGUGGCGCUGGUGCUCCUGGCGGUGGCAGGGCGCGGGGGAGCUCCUGCAGGAGCCGUGGCCGCCGCCUGGCCCGAGGCCAUCGUCAAGGCCUCCGACAGCCGGAGCGCGUGCGUCCUCUUCGGGGGCCUGGCGGUGAGGCACGGGGCUGCGAACGCGUCCUUCUCGACGUGGGACAACAGCAGUGACGUCACGUUCGUCUUCGAGGGGAAUCUGUGGCUGGUCCAGAUGGACGACGUCAAGAUUCAGGCCCAGACUGGCAGGCUGAGCGACGGGCAGACGGAGUACACUAACGUCCUCAAAGAGAUUGCCAUCGGUGGCUCUGCCUUGACGGGGAACGUCCUCCACAUCUCCGCGAGAGGCGUUACAUGGCGUAAUGCUGACGGAUCGGAGGAGUCCAUCCUCAGUGACCUGGACACCGAGUUUUCGAACGAACUCGUCGAGGUAAAAAGGGAUAACUCGGGGGAUGUUGUCCUGCCCGAUCGCAAGGACGCAGAGUUGAAUGUGGUGCACGUGAGGCUACCACAAUCGGUUGAGCUAGAGGUCUAUCAAUGGCCUGAUUCCGCUGGCCACCUUAUCGACGUCAAGAUCAUUACGCCGUUGGAGCACACUUUUUCGGGCAUUUGCGCGGAUAGUACAUUGCCAGGAGUAGGGGUACCCAUAUCAGCAAGCCUUCUCCCAGCGUCUAAUCACAGCCGCAGUUGUGCAACAAAGGAGUCUGAAGUUCCUUGGCCUUACGGGACGGGUGAUUGUUUGGCAUCUGAAGCACAGCUUACCAGCUACAGCGCCAUUGACAAUUCAAUAACUUGUGGAUUCUGCAGGCAAAACAAGUUCGCGAACUUUCUUGGGGAUCUUGCCAAGAAGUUGAAGGAAUUGAAACAAGAGGAGUGUUUUCAAGGGGUGAUAUACGGAGUGGCAUUUGGUUCCAAGUAUGAAGCGAUGUUAGAUACAACCGACGAUGCGAUUGCUCAUCGGCUUCUCCAGGUUCACCAGCGGUGUUUCUUUUAUUUUGUUAAUUCUGCUGCUGACUUCGUCGAGGGCGCAGCGUAUUCAGAUAUUUCUUUAAAUCGCACUUCCAAGAAUGGCCUCAAUAUUUUGAUCCCUGUGCCGACGAGCGUUUUGCCAUAUCAAAACAUGCGGAGGAAUACAAAGUUAUUCAAGAUGCAUGGAGGUUUUGGGGUCUUCGCAUUUGCAGAGCGUCUUUACUGGCAGGAUGCGAAAAUGUGGGAUUUCGCAUUUAACCAUCAUUUCGAUGGUGUGAUGAACUAUUACAAAAUGUUCUUGGAGAAUGUGCACAACACUGGCGCCUGUGUCUUUUUCAGGUCCUUGUGUGACGAACAGCGUUGGUACAAGAACCAUUGCGCAACAGUCUCGGCUCCAGAGUUUACUAACACAGCCGAUCACGACGAGGUUAGGAAACAAUGCAGUCAUUAUCGACGACUCGGUACAGACAACGACCGUAUUUCUUUGGACAGCGGCAUGAUUGACAGCGCAGUUAUUGCGUGGGAUAUGAGUAGCGAGCGGUGCCGCGAUUUUAAUACCAAGAUUACGUGUACCUGGCUCGGCGAAAUCGAAUGCUUUGGAGAUCGUGAUCAAAUCAGUUUCCCAGAAGUUCUCCGCGCAGUGGGCGUCUAUGAACCAAGUCCGGUGAGUCCAAAAGGUGUGCAGCACAAGGAUCGGCUUUUCGUUGGAGUAGAUACAGCAUCUCCGCUGGUUCACAUUGGAAGAAGUAGCUGUCAUUGGUACGUCUCGUCUCUUGACAACAACAUGUUUACUUGCCCUAGUAAUCCUGAUGCCGUGGCAUAGGCCAUCGCUGAAUCUCAAUGUUUUUAUGCUUUGCGCAUUCCCGUCAGCCCAUCCAGGACGCAUGUCCAGACGAGUCGCCUGAAGCAGGCAAGUGUAGGAGGAAGCAUCAUUCAGCAGCCUGGGUUGUCUAUGCUGUAACGGGGGGGUGUUCGCGGAGCUUUUUCAAUUGGACUGUUUUUCCUUGGUCGGCUCCUGCGUGUCAUCCUUGCGCGUGUCACCCUCUGUAUCGGCCCCCAGGGGGCAUGGAUCGCCUCGCAGCAAUGUCAAUCUUAGUCGUAAUCGACGUUGUCACAUCAUGCCAGUUCGCCCCGGGCAGGAGAAAAAAAAGAAGAUGUCCC